GCCUCCCUCCUCUCCUCUCUCCGCUCCCGGUCCAGUCCAAGCUCUCUCUCCACUGAACAGGCGAAAACAUUUUCGUGAAGAAUAAAGUUUUUUUGUCACAGUCCUGAGCUGUUCCGAGGAUCGGUUUUACUAUGUGGAAACAUAAAACGGCGUUGGGAGAAUCGGUGGCUUGUGUCAUCUUUCUCGUGGCGCUUUGCGAUGCUCAUCGAUUCCUAACUCAGAACAGGGCCUCCCAGUUUCUGUCUCGGCACCGCAGGGCCAACUCUCUGUUUGAGGAGAGUAAAAAAGGGAACCUGGAGAGAGAAUGUAUCGAGGAGCUGUGUAACAAGGAGGAGGCACGGGAGAUCUUUGAGAACUACCCAGAGACGGAACACUUCUAUCCUCAAUAUGUCUAUUGUCUGGGUUCACAUCGGGUGGGCAUCAACAACCAUAACUCUGGAGACUCCAACAUCCCUUCAGACCUCAGGACGUGUGUCAAAGGUUGUCCUGCUGCUGGAUACCUGUAUGUGUUCUGUAUAGUCCUGUCUCGGCAUACCUAUGUGUUCUGUAAAAAGGCCUCCUUCACCUGUCAGUGUCGACCAGGCUGGAAGGGCCCGCGCUGUGAGGAUGACAUCGACGAGUGUUCGGACCCGGAUCACCAAGCCGGCUGCAACCAGAAGUGCUACAACUCACCCGGUAGCUUCCGCUGUAUGUGUGAUGAUGGGUACCGGUUCAGAACCAACGACAAGAUCCACUGUACAGAUAUCAACGAGUGUCUGCUGUACCCCAGUAUCUGUGAGGAACCAGCUAUAUGUGUCAACAACCCUGGCAUGUAUGAGUGCCAGUGUCCCCCGGGCUUCAAUUACAACUUCAGUUUGCGCUCCUGUUUGGACGUCGACGAGUGUGAGGUGGGCGUGUGUGAGGGCGUGUGUGUGAACACGAUGGGUAGCUACUCCUGCCGCUGCGACGGUCGCCGGGGUCUGCGGUUGGCAGAGGACCAGCGUUCCUGUGAGGUGGUCCCGGUGUGUGUUCAGCUGUAUGACUACAAACACUCUGAGAUGCUUUACCUGGGAGAACAAUUCACCGGAGGGCCUGUCAUAUACCUCCGCUUCAGACUACCGGAGAACACGAAGUUCGCUGCAGAGUUUGACUUCCGUACGUUUGAUCCAGAAGGGGUGGUUCUGUACGCAGAGUCUUCCCAGGACUCGUGGUUCAUGCUGGGGCUGAGGGGAGGACGGAUCGAGGUCCAGUUCAAGAACCAGCACUCCCUGAAGGUCACCAGCGGGGGCAAGGCCAUCAACGACGGACAGUGGCAUGUGAUCUCAGUAGAUGAACUCGAGUCCAGUAUCAGUGUUAAGAUCAGUAAGGAAGCUGUGAUGAGCAUCAACAGCCCUGAGAGUCUCUUCACGUCAGUUAACGGGAAACUGGAGACCAAGGUUUACAUCGCAGGGCUGCCCAACCGCACCGGCAGCGUCAUCAAACCGAUCAACCCUCGUCUGGACGGGUGCAUCCGUGGCUGGAACCUGAUGAACCAGGGGGCGUCUGGAGUUAAAGAGGUCAUUCAGGAGAAGGAGAGUAAACACUGUUUCCUGCACGUAGAGAGAGGAACCUACUUCACUGGGGCAGGACUGGCUCACUUCAACGUAGACUACAGUGAGUCAGAGAGCUGGAGGGUGGAUCUGAAGGUAAGUAUUCGUCCGUCCAGCAGUACAGGAGUUCUCUUCGCUCUGGUCCUCAACGAUACAGUCCCCCUGUCUAUCGCCGUAGUAACGCAAGGACCUGACGAAGCUGACCUGCGGGUGUUCCUGGAUGGAGUCUCCGUGGCAACGCUACAGUCGUUGAUGUUGUGUUACCCUGACCGUCUGUCUGUAGAACUGACUGUCACCCCCACUAGCCUGGAGAUCGUAGCCAACUCCUCCACCUGGUCCUACAGCCUCCCUGACGGGGCGCUGGAGCGACUCAACAACACAAUGAUGACACACUCUGUCAGGACAUGUAUAGGAGGACUGCCAGAUAAUAUUCCAGUCUCCUCUACCCCAGUGACAGCCUACUACCACGGCUGUAUGGACGUCAACGUCAACGGUCGGCUGUUAGACUUCGACGAGGCAGACAGUAAACACAAUAGCAUUAAGUCCCACUCCUGCCCCCCUGUCUCGCCCCCCAAGACACUCUGACGACCCCCAACCACUCACCCUACAGGAAGUGACCUCACAGCCAGGUCGACCAAUCACCACACAUCUCUGUCCUGAGGCCCAAAUUUGUGUAUAUGAUCCUCUACCUAAUGAUUAGGAGGAGGGGGAGAGGGAGGGAGGGAGGGAG